ACACGCCCACUAGAAGUGACGCUUACAUUUCGUUAGAGGAAAUUGAAACGUUUGGUUUGUUUAUCCUGAGGAGAGAAGGACGAGUGCAGCUGAUUUUACAGCAUUUUAUUUUUUUAAAAGUGUUAGUUCCAAAACAAAGGGAAAGAGUGCAUUUUCUGUUUUAUUUAAGAACUGACACAGUGAAGCGCGAACAUUACUCCUCGCAAAAGUAAAACGAGUCUGUUUUCUCUCUUUAUCGCAGCAGAACAAGUGCUGAUUUCAUAUGAAUGUCAUUUUUCAAAAAAUAAAGUAAAGUCAAAGAGGAUUCCGCUACUCGAGUCUCAAGCUAACAGUCAGUGAAGAUGGAGGUCAGCGUCUCCGUGUCGUUCUUUCAAGACGAGCUCGCCUCUACCAUCGAGCACGCAGUGAAAGCGGCUGUAGACACCGUCUUGUGCCAAAUCACAAAAGUUGUCGGCGGCAAAUUCACUGAAUUACAAAUGGAAAUGGCUGGAAAGGAGAAAGAGAAUGAAAGUCUGAAGCUGAGAUUGGAAAUAUCAGAGAGCGAGUUGAAAGCGGUGCGGGAAUGCAUGAACGCUGCAGAUGCAGACAUUAAACAACCUCUCAGAAACAUGAACCCCGACUGCAAUGAACAAGACUUUCAGAGGAACGAGAACCAGGGGUUAUUUCAAGAUCCCACAGAGAGCCGUGCUUUCCCUCAAUCUGAAACACAGCAACGGCCAAGGAUAGAAUCAGUUCACACACAAGAGGAGUUCUUUGACCAGGAGUGGCGUGCAAGUCUAAAGCAGGUUACAGAGCUGACCUGUGUUAAAGAUGAAGAGGUCCCUCGACUGGAAUGUGUUCUUAUUAAAGAGGAAUUCAUAGAACAGGAAUGUGUCCCCAUCGCAGAGGAAGUUCCUACUGAAAAUAAUGUCUGUACACUUGAGGAGAACAACCAGCUGGGAUCCAGCCUGUGUGAUGAUUGUCCACCUGAAUGUGAACUGGGAUUUAGAGCUGCUAAAGGAUAUCACACAGGAGGCAUUCAGUUUCCCUGUGCUGAUUGUGGGAAGAGUUUCAGUUGUUUAUCACAGCUUGAAAUCCACCAGCGCGUUCACACAAGAGAGAACCCUUAUCACUGUACUGAGUGUGGGAGGAGUUUCACGCAGUUACAGAAUCUUAAGAGACACCAGUGCAGUCACACAGGAGAGAAACCUUAUCACUGCACUGAGUGUGGGAGGAGUUUCACACAGUCACAAAAUCUUAAAAUCCAUCGGCGCAUUCACACAGGAGAGAAACCUCAUCACUGCAUUGAGUGUGGGAAGAGAUUCACACAGUUACAAAAUCUUAAAACACACCAGCGUGUUCACACGGGAGAGAAACCUCAUCACUGCUCCGAGUGUGGGAAGAGUUUCACGCUGUUACAAAAUCUUAAAACACACAUGCGCAUUCACACAGGAGAGAAACCUUAUCACUGUGCUCUGUGUGGGCUGCGAUUCACAUAUUUAAGUUCCUUGAAAAUCCACCAGCGGACUCACAAAAACAGUAAUCUUAUCAAUGUACUGAAUUUCUGAAGUUUCCAUCACUUAGCAAAACUUAAAAGACGCCAUAAAAUUCACACGAAAGUUCAGUCAGUGAAGGACACAAGGGAAUUCACAGAAUUACAGCGCACUUUUUUCAAAUUAAUAGUACACAAAACAACAAAAUAGUUCAUGUUGCCGCAUUAGCAAGCUAUGAUACCAACGGUACCUUGCAUAUACUGCACACAAUAAAGAAAUACAUCAAUUUGAAAUGUACAUAGAAUAGUUACAGUGUUGUACACGUGGCUGCAAGAAAAACACAUAGCCCAGAAGAAUAACCUGAGUGAAAAUGGACAUGUCACGUGGUAUGGCCGCCAUAUUGGAUUUUCCAUGCGUUUUUGACAAUAUUCAAAGAUCUUCUCUGAAGCGGCUUAUUGCAUAGAUAUGAAACUUGGUGUAUAAAGUCAUAUACUAAUGUACGUUAAUUGUUAUAAGACAUUCUUUUAAUGCAUUUACUCUGUUUGAAUAGCUGUAAGCUACUGAUAGUAAGCAUACGUAAAAUUAUGCUUUCCAAUUAACAAAAUAUUCAUAUGAUUUCCAUUUUCGUAAGUCUGAAACCAUAAUUUGUUGUGCUGUAAAUGCUUGGAAGCCAUAAAGUUGCCUGCAACUUCUAUUUAUUUUAUUUAUUUAGUUAGUUAGUUAGUUAGUUAGUUAGUUAGUUAACAGAAAAAAAACCUAGGGAAAUGGGUUUGGAAGUGUAUCAUAUUUUGAAAAGAUUUUGCUAGGAGUAACACUGUAAUUUUAGAACAUUUAUUGUGUUGUAUACCUGGUUUGCAUUACUAGUUUCUGUGUUGUAUUCAUGCAUUCUAGCCACACGCAAUGGCACCUCAUUUAUCUGCAGAUUUCACACAUCCAUGGACCGAUGUCCUCCCAAGCGUGCGGAUAAACUGAGUUCCACUGUACAUCUUUAUUUUUGAUAUGCAGAACAUAAGAAAGUUUCCAAACGAGAGGAGGCCAUUCAGCCCAUCUUGCUCGUUUGGUUGUUAGUAGCUCAUUGAUCCCAGAAUCUCAUCAAGCAGCUUCUUGAAGGAUCCCAGGGUGUCAUCUUCAACAACAUUACUGGGGAGUUGGUUCCAGACCCUCACAAUUCUGUGUUGAAUUGUACAUCGUCGUUGAAAAGAUCAACCAGGGGGAGGAGUUGAGACGGCACCAAGUUAAUGUUUUUCCCCCUCUCAGUGUAAGACAGUGUUGUUUGAUCAGAACAGAGGGACGAAGAGGAAUACAAAUAAAUUCAAUGCAGUCUAUUUUUCAACAUUUUUUAAGGGCUGUGUUGGAAAGGGGUGGAUAUUGUGCAGACUUGUCUUUUUGUGUUUUUCUGUAGCGUUUACAAACCGCUAAAAAUACAUUAUCUGAAGUGAAGUCGGGGUGAGUGUGUAUAUUGAGAGAUUCCCUAGUUUUGUUUUCAUUUAGACAGAGAUUUAUUCCAGCUUGGAGACAUAGGGCAGCAGUGUGGAGUAGUGGUUAGGGCUCUGGACUCUUGACCGGAGGGUUGUGGGUUCAAUCCCCAGUGGGGGACACUGCUGUUGUACCCUUGAGCAAGGUACUUUACCUAGAUUGCUCCAGUAAAAACCCAACUGUAUAAAUGGGUAAUUGUAUGUAAAAUAAUGUGAUAUCUGUAUAAUGUGAAAUAAUGUAUAAUGUGAUAUCUUGUAACAAUUGUAAGUCGCCCUGGAUAAGAGCGUCUGCUAAGAAAUAAAUAAUAAUAAUAAUAAUAAUGUAGCUUGAAAUUUUAUAUUCUUUUUCAUGGGCAUUUCUUACAUUUCCAUAGAAUCCCUUAGUAUUUUAUAAAGAUUUUCUUAAGAUGUGCAUUUUUCACAGUUGAGACCAUUUUUUUUUUUUUUGUUUCAGCCAGGCCUGAAA